UUGUAUCGGUUACCGUCAAAGAAAUAUGGCCACGGUUUUCGAAAGUUCGUUCUUAUCGAACAGAUUACAUCGUAUCGAAGAACAAUAUGAAGAAUCGGCAAAUACUUUCGACAUUUGCGAUUGUACCAGUUAUAGUUAUCUUGCCUUGAGCGUCAUUCUAUUUACUAUUGGUGCAGCUAUCACUAUUUUCUCCUUGAAUGAUAUCGCAGAGGGAUACAUAUAUUUGAAACUUGGUCACAUGUGGUUUAUCGGUCCAAUAUUCAUCUGUUCUGGAUUAAUGGUCGCUGUCAAGUGUAUGCUUUAUCUUCGAAGAAAAUCGGUUAUACAACUAAUUUUUCAUCGACGACAAUUGUUUAGAGAAUUAGCAGGUACUCGUAAUAUGCAGCACAUUGGUACAAUAUCUUCAAAUCCACCUUCGUAUGAAGUGAUUGCCCAUGAAACAUCCAACGAAUUACCUCCGCCUUCUUACGAAGAAGCAAUAGCUCUUGUACAUAAGACUAUAGAAAAUAACGCCAAAACAAAUUGUGGAUCUGUCUCCUGUAAUGGUAUUGCUACUGCCCAAAAUAUCAGGCACAAACCUUGAAAUGGAUACUUUCUUCGAUCAAUAGAUCGAUGGCUACAAACAAUCACAACUUGUCCUUCUGCCUUAAGAAGGACUCAUUUAUAUCCUCUUAUUUCUAUUUACAUUGAAUAAGUUUCUUUUUUACCAUAAACACAAAACUAACGCAUAAAGGAGGAUUUUCUCCAUCGCGUGGCGCAUUGAAAAACAAAUAAGGGUAAAUCGUUAUAAAAUCAGCACAUUCGUACUUAGUUAAAAUGUCGAUUGGAUGACCGAUAUACUCGAAAUCAUUUAAUUACGAAAACGUGUAAAAUAAAACUUACGAUAAUUUCAUUUCGAGUAUUUAAUGCCGGUUAAUUCGUAAUUAAGGCUUAGAUAUUUUCGUAAGAACGAUGGAUUGUACAUAUAAAUAUUUUUAUAUAAUGUGUUAUUUAACUGAAUCAUAUUUAACCAAUCAAAAUGAACGAAUAGUUUGAAUCGUGCUACGAUAUUUACUAUCGAUAGUUGACGUUAAUAGUAUUUGAUAGUUGAUACUGAUGAUUAAAUGUAAUUAACGUUAAAACCUUUCAUAAUUAUAUGAUAAGAAUGCAGCACUGCAUUUCUAAAGUUUUUAUCCUA